AUGGUUUUUCCGUUGGUGAAAAUAUUUUUCGGCUAUUCGCUGGCAAUUGGAAUUACUUCGCAACGACUGCUCAACAAAAGGUUCCGGAGUUCUCCAUUUUUCCGGGCUUAUGCAUUGGUUGCCAAUAUCGUUACGGUUACCCUGUUGCCCAUAGUUAUGUGGAGGAUUCGUUUGGUUUUUCAAUCGAAAAAGAACUUUCCAUAUCUCAUUUUGAUUACCUAUAACGUUAGGUAUUUGGUGUCCUAUUUGGUCAUACUGUAUACGGUUCUAUCGCGAGGAUUUCGUGAUACAGCGUUUAAGGAAAUGCAACCAUUGUUGCUAAAAUUACGUCAGAAGGAGGAGCAAUGUGGAAAAGUACGAGAAACACGGCGAUCGUUAAUGGUAUUAAUUUAUGUAAAGUUCUUCACCGUGUUCUGGAUGUGCAUCACCGAAACGGCUUUCCUUUUUUAUUCAAACGACACUAUUAACUGGAUCAACAUAGCCACUUUUAUAUUUUUGACAAAUGCUGUAAAUAUUCUGGAAAUGGUGCCAAUGAGUUAUUUUCUAGCUAUGUGGCACAUUGCGCGAGGCUUUGAUUAUGUCAAUCAACGUUUGGAUGAAAUAGUAACAUCAAAAUCGUCAACAAAACUGAAGGAGCUGAAAGAUCUCUGGUUACUUCAUGCAUGUCUAACAAAGACAACGCAUAAUAUAAACAAGAUCUUUGGUCCUCAGAUGUUAGCCUCCCGAUUCAAUUACUUUAUAAUUGGUGUAAUCCAAGGUUAUUGGGGAGCGUUCUUCGCCUUUGACGAGUCUACACCCGUGUAUUGGAUUGUAUACGGUUCUGUUGGAUAUCAAGUUCGUACACUGGACAAUUAUCUCAUCGACCACAUGGUCGAUUUGGUGGUGGAGUAUCAGAGCUCGGCUAAGCACGCUUGGAGUGAAAGGCGCUGGACAAAAGAGAUAAGUGGAUAUGUGACUUACGCCAACAGUUCGAAGCUACAACUGUGGACUUGUGGACUUUUUCAACCAAAUCGAAGUCUUUGGUUUGACAUGAUGAGCAGUGUAUUUUAUUAUAUGUUAAUGCUGUUGCAGUUUCAUCUAGUUAUGGGGAAAUAAUUUUAAUAACUUUUUGUUUAACUGCCUGUGUAAAAGUUUUUGUAUAAAAGUUUAAUUUAUUGUUUGUAAACCGAAAUUUGAAACCAUAG